AUGCUAAAAAAGAACUUAAUAGAGUAUCUUCUAAAUGAAGUUUAGAUAUUUUUAGCCCUCCUAAUAGGUAUUGUUUCUAAAUGAAGUAGGACUAUAUUAAUCUUCAGAAUUAGAUUCAAUUUUACCAAUAAGUUUGAAUUUAAUAAUUGAGUUAAUUUAUCUAUUCAUAAAAUAUAAGAAUAGCGAUCAUAUCAAGAUGUUUUGGAGAUUUAAAUUAAUCUUCAUUUUAAUUCAAAUUUCAAUGAAUAUUGAGAUAUGUUAAUUUUGUUUGAUAAUAGUCCAUUUGAUUGAAGAUGAUGCUAUUUAAUUAUUUAUAUUAAGCACAGUGUUUUUAAUUAGUUUGAUAUAGGAAUAAGAAAAUAAUUAUUUAACAGAAGUACCAUUCAACUUAUUAUAUUUUUUUAAUGUAAUUUAUUUGAUUGGAUUAAUGUUUAUGAAGUGGUAAUCAGUAAAAUCUAUAGAAGCUUAUUAAGAAUAGACUUUUAAAUAGAAAUCAUUUGAAUGUAUAGAAAUAAUUAUAAUAUAUAAUGUAGUAAAGGAAUCAAUAAAUAAUAGAGAUUUGAUAAGCAAGUCAAAUUAAUAAUAAUAAUAAUAAUCGGUUAGUUAAGAAAUAAAUGUAAUAAAAAUGGAAUAAAAUGAAGAUGAAUUAAUUUUAUAGAAUGUUGCUUGGAUUUAGAACUAAUCUGCUUUAGUUUAUAAUAGGAAGCUAAACAUAGUUUAUUAGAAUAUAUUUUUAGGGAAAUUGCUUAAGUAAUCAAAUUUGGAUGAAUAAUAAACAUAAUAGUAAUCAAAGCCAGAUUAUGAAGAGUUGUUCUUAGAUUGCCAAAUAUUGAUAGGGAGCAAAGAGUUGAUGGAAAUAAAUAGCAAUAAUAAUGAAUAAUCUAUGAAUAGUGAGUAAUGAAAUAAAUUGAUAAUUAAAAGUGGUUCCUUUUUGCUAAAUAGAGUGAAUGAUUAUCAUAAAUGCCGAAUGAAGUCUAUUCUAACCAUUAGAGAUUUGAGUUUGAUGAUGCAGAAUGAGAUUGAUAAGUAGUUUACUUGGAAUUAAAGAGAUGGCGACCGAGUAUGGUGACAUUGUUUAAAUUGAGAAGCGAUGUGUUCGAUUUUGAGAAUAUCCAAAUCAAAGUAUUUGUGAAUAAGGUCAAUGAAUCCACCUUUCUUAUUUUCCUUUUUGAGCAGUAACCUCCAUAAAGAAAAAAAGAUGAAUCUACUUAACCAAUCAUAAAUAUAUUUUCCACUUUUGUACAUGAAUCUGUAAGCUAUAUAAAUUGUAUAUUAACUCUAAUUUUACUCACAUAACAUGAACAUGAAAAUACUCACAAAAUCUCUUUGAAACAAUAUUAUUAUAUGCCUAUGAGAAUGAUGAGCUUAAGAUACAUACUAUUUGUUAAUAGUAUGAGAGAUUAUAUCUUUUAUAUAUAAAAUUAACUAUUUUUAAGAAUUUCAGCAUUCAAAGUAAAUGAUUUGAUUGAAGAAUUAUUAUUAGUAUAUGAAGACAACUUAAAAAUAAGAGAUGUGAGUUUAACAACAUCUAUAGAUUUAAGUGAUAAUAAUCAAAUUAUAUUUAGUGAUUUAGAUAGGGUAAAUUAUUAUCAUAAACUAGUUAAAAUAAAUAUUAGCAUGUUUAUUGUCUUAUUGUUUAAAAUAUACAACUGCUUCUUAAUUAAAAUUAGAUAUCAAAAGUUAUACUGUAAGUGGUAUUAUGGUAUCAUUUAAAGACAGUAUGAUAGCUAAAGAUGAUAAUAUGAGAAAAUCAAUUACAAAUUUAGUUAGAUUUCUCAAUUCAACUUUAAAAAUGUCUUCAUUUUAUGAUGUUGAUUUGAAUAAUCCAUUAGAAUUAUAAAUUUGUGUUAUCUUAUGUUGGUAAUUGUCUGGAACAUUUAAAAGAGGUCUAGAAUUCUUGUAUGAUAGUUAAGGAUUUGGUACUUUUACUUUUGUAAUUGAAUCAUAAACAAAUCAAUAAAGAAUGUAAUCUCGUUAAGAUACAGGUCCAAUUAAAAUCUUAGGUUAAAGAAAAUAUUACGAAACAUCAUUAUCUUUAUUAUUAGCUUAAGAUAGCAGUGGUUAUAGAGAAGAAUCUAAGUAAUUAUCUACAUUUCUAUUAAGGUAUAUUUCAUUGACUUAAUUAUCAAAAUAAUUUUCUAUGAAACCUGGAGAUCCUUUUGAUGUUCAAAGUGCUUAUUUCUCAUAAAUUUCAAGAAUUAAAUAAGAUUCAUCAAAUUCUAAAUAAAUUUAAAAUUCUGGAUCUGUUCCUAAACAAUCAAAAGAAUAAAGUAAUAGUUUUUCUGGAACAUUGAAAUAAGGUUUUCCUGAUACAAUUUAACAACCUUAUAAAAAGACUAGAAAUGAAAGAAAUGAUAAAAGUGAUUCUUAACAUGACUCCAUGAAAACACAUUCUAAUUUUGAUUUUGGAGCUGAAUUAAGUAAUCCAUCAAUCCAUCCUCCAGAAUUAACUCCAAAAUUAUUAUCAUCAGUAAUUAAAUAUAGAUUAAGAUUAACUUGUUGUUCUAAGGUUUUAAUUUUAGAUAAUGAUCAUUAUAGUGUCUUUUCUUUAUAAAAAGUUUUAGAAAAAUAUAAUAUUAAAUGUGAUAAAGCUUUUAAUGGAAUUGAGGCUUAAAAAUUAAUAUAGAAUAAAUUAAUUAAACCUUGCCAUUGUGGAAAUAAAUCUUAUUUGUUAUUUUUUAUAGAAUUUUAUUUACCAGUAAAAUCUGUAUAUUUAUUUAUUUUAGAUAUUAUCAGGAAUAGAAUUAGUAAAAUUACUAAAAGAAUAAAUGAAAAAUGGUACGAUAGACAAGGGUUAUGUGAUAGUAAUAGCAACAUUUGUAGAUUUGAAUUCUAAAUUAGAAUGUUUUAAAAAUGGAGCUGAUUAUUUUAUAGCUAAACCCUUUGAUUUAAUAGAUAUUGGAGCAGCAGUUUAAUAUUUAGAUUUUUGA